AUGGAAACAAAUGUAAAGAAAAAGAAUGUGAACAAAACCCGUAACGCUCUGCCAAGUGCUGGAGAGGCCCCUGCUAGUGUCUCUAGCAUCUUGCCUUCAGAGCAGGUUUCACCAUCUACUGUGUCAAAUCUUCCCAGAAUUUUGCAUGAAGUAGUAGGUCUAGAAGCUGGACCCCAGAAAAGGCAACCAGGCACUGCAAUAAUAUCAAAACAGUCAGAUUCUUCAAGCAUGCCUCGGACACCACUGAAUCGGCCUGUCAUCCCACCAAGAAGACCUUGCUUCAGGGUAUGCUAUAUCUGUGGCAGAGAAUUUGGGUCACAGUCUAUUUCUAUACAUGAACCCCAAUGCCUAGAGAAGUGGCAUGUUGAAAACAAUCAGCUACCAAGGCAUCUCAGAAGAGCGGAGCCCAGGAAACCUGAGGUCCUUACUGGUGGUUCCUGUACGCUUACAGCUGAAAACGAGGCAGCUUAUCGUAGUGCUCAAGCCCAGCUCCUGCCCUGUGGAAGCUGUGGCCGAACCUUCCUUCCUGACCGUCUCAUUGUGCACCAAAAGCAUUGCAGAGGAGGUAGCAGCAGUGCGGGGCUGUCAGGCUCUAGCCUCCGUAAACCUGGCAAAGGCCCAAGCUCUGGUAAAACGGGAUAUUCUAGGGCUUCCAGUGGAGUGAUAAGACGGCCACCAGCAGUGAUUUGUUACAUAUGCAGCCGUGAGUACGGAACAAAAUCUAUUAGUAUCCAUGAGCCACAAUGCCUGAGAAAAUGGCACCAGGAGAAUGACAUGCUACCCAAGCACUUGAGAAGACCUGAGCCCAAAAAGCCUGAAGUCUGUCCUAUACAAGCCAAAGGUUUCUAUGAUCUUGAUUCUUUAAACGAGGCUGCCUGGAUCAGCGCCCAGAACCAGCUAGUUCCAUGUGAUAUUUGUGGGCGUACUUUUCUUCCAGACAGACUGAUCGUCCACCAGCGGUCCUGUAAACUGAAACCUGCAACAUGA